AUUAAACUGUGAAGAAAGGUAAAGUGAAUCGCCGAGAAAGCCUGAGGAUCUAGGGUUCAUCGCUAGGGUUUCCGGCAUCUUCCCCGCGCCACCCCCUUAAACUCUCUGCGAUUUUGCGCAUGGAUAUAACGAACACGCAUUUCGUAUCGAUUAUCGGUUGGAUCGAAACCAGAUGAACUUUAAGACAUUGAAUAUAUAAAUCGAUAUAUUCUGGGAUUGGUUGUAGUUAAAAGUUUGUGUGUGUUUGAGAAUCCGGUCAAUCGAAUCGGUUAAGUUGAAUUUUUGUUUAAAAUGCGAAGACCGCUGAAUCCAAAAAGGGUUUCUUUUGCCUCGGAUGUAAAUCUUUGUCAGGUUAGGUUGUUCUUAUCUGAAGAUUCUCCUUCACAAGUUGGUUUUAGUGGUCAAGAUCACCUCCAGGCAAAGCCAUCUCAUGCAAGUGGAAUCACAUCUGAUGAUAAUUUACCUCCAGGUUUCGAAGGAGCACAGGCUUCGAACCUUUGGAGAACUAAGCUUUUUCAAAUACCUGUCAUCAAAUGGGAAUAUCCUCCAAGAUUCAAAUUGGAAGCUAACUGGCGAGUGGUUUCUGGCGAGGAGAGCCAAGAGCGGGAAGUUCAAAAGCAACGAGAGAUGAGAGUGCUUGAAGCAAUAUAUCCUCGCCCAUCUGCGAUUCCCCUCAACCCUUCAGCAACAGCAGAACACACUGUUGUCCACACUGAUAAUCAACACACACCUCUGAUUCCCAUCACAUCUAUCGAAGAAGACGAUGCCGCUGACACAAUAUUAUUGCAGCAUGAUGCGCCCGCUGCCGUGGGUCCCAAUCCCACCAAUCUGACCCCUCCGUUAAUGGAGGGCCCCGAAGGAGCUACCGUGCCUUCCCAUUCAACCACCACUGCUGGAGCAUCCUCUUCUUCUUCUUCUUCUUCUGGUAGCAGCUUGGAACCCGACGACAGUUUAACGGUUGCGCUAGCUGCCUUGAGCUCGAUAAUGGCAAACGACCAUGGAAAUCUCAUUGACUCUGAACUCCUCGUCAAAAUUCUAAGUGACCCUCAAAUUAUAGGGCAAUUAGUUACCCAUCAAGGAGGAGGGAGCAACUUGCCAGCCAUGAGAAGUAGUAAUGUACAACACAGUGGACCUGCGAAUGUGGGGCCGCCGGGCUUUAGCUUCUCAAAUCCAACAACACCGCUGCCCAUUACAAGUGGACCUAUCAACCUCCCUCCCCCUCCUCCUGUGCCUAGGAUGGUGGGACCGACCCCCAGCGCGAUACAAUCAACUUCAUCACCCUCUUCCUCUUCCAAGGACAUGAACUAUUAUAAAAGCCUUAUUCAGCAACAUGGAGGGGAAAGACAAGACACCCUACCACCGCCACCACCACGGCCUGGACGGGGAAAUCAACAUAUAGAUUCUUCUCCGGUUCAGGAACCACCACUGCCGCCACGACAGUUAUACAACACCGGAUGGGGAAGUCAACACAUUGAUUCUUCUCCGGUUCAAGAACCACCACCGCCAAUUGUUAGUUCCAGAUCAUCAAGAGAUCCUAAUAAACCAAAGAUAAUGAAGCCCUGCAUGUUUUUCAACAGCCAGAGAGGGUGCCGGCACGGGGUGAAGUGCGCUUUUUUGCAUGAUUCCCCUGCGCCACCGCCACCCUCCCAGCGGAGGGUAAGUGGUUUUCCGGACGUCCAAAGCACAAAGAGAAUGAAAAUGGAUAGGGAGAUUACCGGAACUUAAAUCCUGGCUUUGUACAUCCUGGCUUUGUUUUUUUAGUUUACUAUUUAUUAACUAGCUUUUCCAGCUUCUCUUAUAUUAUACUCUACUAGGAUGAACAUAUAUGUAUUGCUGAGUUGCUGGCCGAUCUUUUUUUGGUAUGAUUUUAGUUUGAGACUUUUCUUGUUGUGUUCAUUUUUUAUGUGGCAAUGGAAUUUGAUUAUCAUUGAUCAAGAAGCAACGGAAUGUGUUGAAAAACUAACAGGAUUGAAUUGAUAUGAAUCCUGAUAACCUCAUUU